AUCCUCCGUCUCUUUUUUUCUCUCUCAAAAACAAAUGGGCUGUUGUGGCGACAAAGACGAAGAUGAUCCAAUUCCGAUUCUAACACAGCAUCUAAACCCGGCGGAUUUUUCAAACCAAAUCUCGGCGGAGACAACGAUUACUAUCUCUCCAAUGAACUCUCACUUCUCUGCGCUCACGUGCCGGGACACACUACGGCUGAUAUUCGAGAAGCUUCCGGUGGCGGACUUGGCGCGAGCGAGCUGCGUUUGCAGGGUCUGGAACUCGGUAGCUUCGGAUGGUGAGAUUGUGCGUAGCGCGUUUAUGGAACCGUGGAAAUUGAAGGAGGUGGUGGGGAAGCCCGUGUCAAGCUGUUUCUGGAGAGAUAAUGACAUCUGGAAGUUCGCUAUUUCGCAUAAGAUUGUGAGAGGGGAUACAGUUGCUAGUCUUGCUGUCAAGUAUUCGGUUCAGGUUAUGGACAUAAAAAGAUUAAAUAACAUGAUGAGUGACCAUGGCAUAUAUUCAAGGGAGAGGCUAUUGAUCCCUAUAAGCAAUCCAGAUAUUCUCAUGAAUGGUACAUGCUACAUUGAGCUUGAUACCUGCGCAAAACGGGAAGUGGCAGUGCUGUAUCUGGAGGGUGAGCCUGACAAGAGGUUCAGCUAUUUGUCAAACAGGGCAACCUCCAACCAAGGCAAGAGAAGGGUUCUUGACUCUUUAAAGAGAAGCAUGCAAGUUGAUGAUGGGACUGCCCAAUACUACUUGUCUAUUUCAAAUGGUGACCCUCGCGCUGCUCUCACGGAGUUUUCUGCAGACCUUAGGUGGGAGAGGCAAACAGGCUUCGGCAGCUAGUUCAAGUUUGGAACUGUGAAGUUGUUGUUCAAUCGGAUAUUUAAAAAAAAAAAAAAAAAAAAAUUGUUUUGGAUCAGGGUUUGACAUUCCUUUUCUCAACAACAUAAUGCUAGAGUGAGCAAAGAGCAAGGUGUUAAUAUCUCAUUCAUCUUCCUUGAGGAUAUUAAUCUUUGAUUCAACAGUUGAGCUGAGAUCCUCUUACUUUUGAAUCUUUGAUGAUGCUAAAAGCAUGUGUGUCUUCCCUGAUGUUAAUUGUGACCUACUCUACUUCAACUGCUCUGGCUUCCUGUUUUGUAUUUUACCACUGCCUCAAGUUAAUGGUUACUUGUAUUGUAUAUGUGAAGUACACAAGUGUGAACCGACUUGACUAUCUUGUUCGAUUUGUAUUUAUCAAAUGAAAAGUGAAUUUGUCCAAA